GACAAUGAAGCACUGCUGGACGAAGAUCCAUAUGGCUUCUUCGCUAGAGCAUCCGAUGAUGCAACGGUUCACUACUCGGCCCCUGCAAGCCCGGCUUCGGCUUCACCCUACCCGAGCCCCCCCCCUGCCUCGCCUCUCCUGCCACCAGAUUUCCAUGAGCAUUUCGAGGAGCUGCCUGGACCAGAGGGCACAGCAAUGCCAGAUAAGAAGUUUGGCCACGGACAUGAUGUGGUGCACCCAAUCGCGACUCCCCUGCGAAAUAUGUCAGCUAUGUUUGACUGUGGGGCAGAUACGGUGCCGGAUGAGGUAUUCAAUGGGGAUAUUGGGUGCUUUGCUCUGAUAUCAAGCAUGUCUGAGUGUGGUGCAACAAGUGAACCAUCUGCAAGUGUUGUGGUAAGUGCAAGGGCUUCAAGUGUGGUGGCAAGCUCAGCAGCUUCCCAUCCCGUGAUCCCAGCCACUGCCAUGAUCCCGAGCAAUGUGUCUGCAAGUGCUGCGCCAAUGGAGGAUGCUAGCUCAGCAGCUUCAUGUCCUGUGAUCCCAGAUGUUAUGCCUGCAGCCUGUCCAGUGAUUGAUGUGGUAAGUUGCUUGCCAAACCACGACAUAAGCUCAGCAGCUUCCUUUGCCGUGACACCAGCAAGUGAUGUGUGUGCAGCUGCAGUGCCAAACAGUUUGGCACCUUCCUCUGCCUUGAUCUAUAGUGAUGUGUCUGCAAGUGCCCCGCCAAUGGAGGAUGCUAGUUCGACAGCUUCCCUUCCUGCUGUGAUCCAGAGUGACGUGUCUGCAAGUCCCCUGCCAAUGGAUAUUGCUAGCUCAGCAGCUUCCCUUCCUUCUGUGAUCCCGAGUGAUGUGUCUGCAAGUGCCCUGCCCACGGACCAUGCUAGCUCAGCAGCUUCCCUUCCUGCCGUGAUCCGAAGUGAUGUGUCUGCAAGUGCCCCGACAAUGGACCAUGCUAGCUCACCAGCUUCCCUUCCUGCCGUCAUCCCGAGUGAUGUGUCUGCAAGUGCCCCGACAAUGGACAGCGCAGCAGCUUCCCUUCCUGCCGUGAUCCCUAGUGAUGUGUCUGGAAGUGCCCCGCCAAUUCACCAUGCUAGCUCAGCAGCUUCCCUUCCUUCUGUGAUCCCGAGUGAUGUGUCUGCAAGUGCCCCGACAAUGGACCAUGAUGCUAGCUCGCCAGCUUCCCUUCCUGCCUUGAUCCCUGGUGAUGUGUCUGGUUGUGCCCCGACAAUGGGGCAUCCUAGCUCAGCUCCCCUUCCUGCCGUGAUCCCUAGUGAUGUGUCUGCAAGUGCCCCGUCAAUGGGCCAGGCUAGCUCAGCAGCUUCCCUUCCGGCCGUGAUCCGUAGUGAUGUGUCUGCAGGGAUGACAAGUGAUGUGGUGUGUCAGCCGGUAGCCCCACAUGUGGUUGAAGGCCCUGCAAAGCUUUUGUGCCCCAGUCACCCAAGUGCCUCCUCUGCAAAGCUCUUGCAGCGAAGUGAAUCCAAGCGCGACCUGACGCUGAAGAUUGCACGCAUGCAGGAGUUGAAGCAUCUCGGCCAUGAUCCUGCUGUUACCGACACAUUGGUGUACGAUGGAUCUCAAGCAGCCCAAGCCUUCACUGCUGCCAGCGCUGAUGCCAAGCUGCCCGAAACCCUGGAGACCUCGAAGGAGUUCUCAGUGAUGGAUUUCAAGGUCUAUCCGGGAAUCAAGAAAUAUGCUGUGCUCGACCGCAAGAAGCAGUUUGUGGUCGACGAGGCAAAGACAGGUCGUGGCCGUGGCCGCGGCCGAGGUCGUGGCAAUGUGAAAAAGAAGCCAGCUGGUCGAGGUGGCAGAGGGUGUGGUGGUGGAGAGGAGCCCUGCUUUCGUCGAAAAGGCAAACAAGCACCUGAUGCAGUGCGGAAGCGCAAGAUUCAGGCCAUCGAAGAUGAUGCUGCCGAGGCUGUCGAGACCUCGGAGGUGCUGUCUGGCGAGGAAGAGAAGGAAGAGGAGGUCCAAAGCCUUGAAGCCGACGAGGAGCCGGAGGAGGCCGCCAAAGGUGAUGUGGCCAAGGGCAAACCAGGCAAGGGCAAGGGCAAAGGCAAAAAGAAGGCAGUGGUUGCAGAGGAGCCAUGUGAGGAAGUGGGCAAACCAGGCAAGGGCAAGGGCAAAGACAAAAAGAAGGCAGUGGUUCCAGAGGAGCCGUGUGAGGAAGUGGGCAAACGAGGCAAGGGCAAGGGCAAAGGCAAAAAGAAGGCAGUGGUGGAAGAGGAGCCAUGUGAGGAAGCGGGCAAACGAGGUGUGGGCAAGGGCAAAGAGAAAAGGAAGGCAGUGGCAGUGGUGGAAGAGGAGCCGAAGCCACCGAAGUCUGUGCCUGCAAAGGCAAAGGGAAAGGCCAAAGCAAAGGCAAAGGGUGACAAGAAGCAGAGCUCGGGAAAGCCAAAGGGCUCGAAAAAGCCAGAUGUCGAGCCGGAGGAGCGGCCUCAUUUCGCGAGGAGAUGGCAACCAGAGGGGCUUCAGGCCAAGAAUGAGUGGACGGUGAUUCGGGAUGUGUAUGACAGCAGGAUUGCCCGCGAGGUUCGUGUCGACGGCCCCGCACAGUACGCAUUCUGGGCACGUGUCAAACCUCUCUUCCAGGGCAAGAAGCUGAGCCUACCGGAUCUCUUGGAAGUGGCAAGACGCGAGGUCGAGCCCUUUUUGAAAGAGUACGUCGAGCAGUGA